GCUCCCUUGCCUGGAGAAACACCAAUGAGGAUCGUAGCGGGCACGUACGAGGGCUUCUGCUAUGGGUGGGAGUCCAACAACACAGAGUCGGCAGCAGUGGGAGCAGAAUCACUCAGCGGUACCACCACGACAGACACUAAGGGGGUCAAAAAUAGCUCACCGCCUCCCUCCGCCACAGCAGCGGCUUCAUCACAACCACCAACACCACCGCAGCCACUGUCGUUGGUCUUCGGGUACAACGUCCACGUGGGUUGCAUGAAGUCCGUGGCGAUCGCUACCUCCGGCUCUCGCGCGGGGCAGCUGCUUGUUACGGGGGGAGCGGACGAGCGAGUCCGGAUCUACGACCUGAGGGACAGGACCGAACUCGGGGAGCUGCAGCAGCACAAUGGAACAAUCACGUGCAUGGAGUUCUACAAGUCGACGCACCUUCUCACCGGGAGCGAGGACCACACGGUCUGCAUCUGGCGCGUGCAUGACUGGGCGCUUCUCCACGUGCUAGGGGGUCACAAGGCGGCUGUCACUUCUUUGAGCAUUCACCCUUCGGGUAGAAUGGCCCUCUCCGUCUCGCGAGACCGGACCCUUAGGCUGUGGAACCUGCUGGAAGGUCGCUGCGCCUACAUAAAGCGCCUGCAGGGGGAGGGGGAGCUCGUGAAAUGGUCUCCCGCUGGGGAUAGCUACCUGGUGGUCGUCGGGAGCACGGUGUCGGUGUACAGCGCGGCGACGUCGGAGGCUGUCGGGGAGUGCAGGCACGACGCGCGCGUGAACUCGGCGUGCUUCACCGGGGGGAAGGGAGGGAAGGGGGCGGUGGCGGUGGCGACCUGCGCGGACGACAAGACCAUCCGCUUCUUUCGGACGGAGGGGGGAACGCUGCUGGGCAAGGUGGACGUUAGCGACGUGUGUCCUACGGGACGGAUACGCGACAUGUGCCACGUGGGAGCCGACGCCGACGCCGACGCCGACGGCGGCGGCGGCGGAGACCGUGCCUGUUCGGGGGGGGGUUCCCUGGCGACGGUUACAUCCACGGGGGGGGUGCACGUGUGGGGAGUUCCCACACUGGAGGGCGUCGGUGCGGAGGGCUCCGGGGCGGAGCUGACGGUGCCACUGCUCUCGACGCACUCGCUGAAGGGGGAGCCCCGGUUCACGUGCGUAACGGCGUGCUUGUGCGGGGACGUCACGGAGCCGGCCCCUGGAAAAAGCAAAAACUCCAAGAAGCGAAAACGGCGCCAGCGGCAGCAGCAGGAGGCCACCGGUGACGGACAAACACAAGGCCCGCCGGGAGAGGAGGGGCGGGGUCAAGAAGGAGCGCCUGGCGCGGGCGGCAGCGGCAGCAACAAAAAGAAGAAAAAGUCGAAACGCAAGAAGGCGAAGGAGGUUCAGUUUCAAGGUGACCCCGCCUCCAACGGCACCGUGGGGGCGGGGGAAGGGGGGGGGCGAGAGAACGGGACGGGUGUGGGCAAGAAGAGCGGGGCGAAGGUCUAG